AAAAUAUUCAGAGUAUUUAGUUACAACUACUGCUAGUAUGAUUGAGUUUCAUCAUAGUGAUAAAAAUACUCGUAAUUCUGAAAAUAGCAGUACUAUGUAUCAAAUUGCUGCUUGUAAGAAUCUUCAUGAAAAUUAUAUCCAAUUGAACGAUAUCUUAUUUAACAAACCAUUGUAUGACUAUAUUAAUAUUCAGCCAUAUCUUUCAAUUAAUAUUAUAAAAAGAUAUUGA